AUGAUCAACUCGGAGGAAAUAAAGGCUCGAAACAUUCUCCCCUUCACCUCCACCUGCACAGAAGGACUUAAUGGAGAGCGUGCACCCCAAGACGAGGACAGUUCGGAUGAAGACGAUGAGGACUUGUUGCCCUCAAACCUCGAGAGGGAGGAGGAGCCUGAAAACAAGGACAUCGACCACUUUGACGGAAUAACGGCCGAGAUGUUCGAAGACGGGUUUGACGGCUCUGAGAAGAUGGUGCACGAAGAGCCGACGGCGGAGGCCCCGCCCGAUGCCACCUCCGGGCUCCUGGGCAGCGGUAAGGAGCUGCUGCAACCUCGGGGCCACAUUGACGACCUCCCGGAGGAGGUGCUGAGGCAGAUCCUCAGCCUCCUCCCUGCUCGAGACAUGUACAGGAGCGCCGGACUCGUGUGGCAUCGGUUGAGGAUGCCAAGGAGACAAGAGGCUACAGUGACCGAGGUCAUCUUCUCAUUGCGCAGGAGCAGCAUCAUAAACCCCGAAAUACACGACAACAACAUCCGAAACCUCGUCAUUGCAAUGGCAAACCACAAGUUCGACGAGAGGGUGAAUCCGACGGAGGUUCUGGAGGGUUUGAAGAAACAUCGCUUUUUUCCUCAUGCGGAGGCCUCCAUCAGAUUACGCAUUCGGAAUGUUCCCAAGUGCCAAAAUCGUGAAAUUGAGGGCCCCAACCCGUUUGCAGCCACGGCGGUGAUACUCCUCCUCAGUGAGAGCGUCGACGACGUUCUGGCUUUGGUGACUUUGCUGAACGGCUGCAUGUCGUACAGUGCCGUCACCGAGUACCUCAGCCACAUGGCCACAGUGUUGCUCGCGGCCAGGCGGCAAAACGUUAAGAUCAGCGAGAGGUUGCAUUACAACAUCUACUAUGUUCUUCAUCUGAGGGAGAAUGGCCCGUUUUCUGUUAGCUCCCCAGAAAACAGGGGCUCGCACAUGAAGAUGACCUCCGAACAGAAUCAGAUCCUCAGUCACGACAUUCAGAAAGACCACUUGGUGAAGAUUGUUGCGUUUGCUGGCACGGGGAAGACGACGACGCUGGUCAAGUAUGCCGAGCAGCGGCCGCAUCUCCGCUUCCUGUACGUCGCCUUCAACGAGUCGGUGGCUAGCGAGGCCUCGCAACAUUUCCCGAUGAACGUGGACUGCAAGACUGUCCACUCGCUGGCCUACAGAGACAUUGGGAAAAUGUGAGACGCUUGCACAAUGAAAUGUCCAAGUACAAAAAAGAAGCUCACCUUUAAUCUGAACCCAUUUUCCAUCAACAUGGUCUUGCCCAAAGGCCGAGGGUGUUACGCCAAGGCCAAAGUGGUAGCCAAGACUCUCAACAACUUCAUGGCUUCGGUUGAGCCGACCAUCACCGUGAGCCACGUGCCUAGCGCGCGAGUGAGUCUUCGAGGCCUCAAGACUGACAUAAACGAAGAGGAAAAAGAGGUGAGAAGCGCUAUGCAAAGAGGGGGCAAAUACUUUUUCAUGGCACUGUCUUCUUUUAUUGACCAGAAUUUCCGCUUUGGCGCGGAGAUCGCCUACGUGGGUGCCAGCUUCCUCAGCGUGUGCAAGGAAGUCCAAAAGAUUCUCGUCGGAGGAAGGCAGAAAGGGGGUGUGUUUGAUGAAAAAGCAGCCCAGGCCCAACAGGAUGUGGCCAAUGGCAAGAGUCCUGCCAAGGGAAACACAGCCAUCUUGUUCAGGUGCAAUUUUGGCGUGUUCAGCGAAGCUGUGCUGCUGACCGAGGCCAACACGGAAAAAAACUCCUUUAGGUCGCUGAAAUACUACGCCCAGAAGAUUGAGGACCGCGACCUGAAGGCCAAGAUCACCAUUGUGACCAAAUACAAAAGUCGCAUCCCAGAGCUGGUCAAGUGCCUGAAGAAGCAUUCGGAGGAAAACGCUAAAAAAGCAGGAUUCAUACUUGGCACAGUCCACAAAGCUAAAGGCCUGGAAUUUGACAUCGUGAUCGUCAGUGACGACUUUGUCAGCAUUCCCUUCUCCAGACACAACAUCCACCAAUUCAACUUUCGCAUGAGUGAAAUCCCCCAAGAUGAAUGGAACCUGCUCUACAUAGCGGUGACUCGCGCUAAAACAACACUGAUUAUCACAAAGACCAUCCACCGCAUCAUCACACUGUCGAGCUCGACUGGCGUGUCACGCGAGGGCGCACUGUGCGAGUGGUGCCUGUGGACUCGCGUGGGCCCGAUCGCGCGCCUCAUGACCGACAGCGUGUUGUCCAGGGCUGAAGUUCCAGAUAGUUUCAUCCGGCCCAUCUCACCCUAUUAA